CUUGAUGGAUACGAGCUUUUUGUCUGUCUCCAUCUGUCACGCUGCCCUCAGUCAGGCUCGGGCCGUCAUUUUCCUUCUCUCCAUCCAUCUCCUUGUCCUGCGCUCGCUCAAUCUUCUUUCACUCUCGCUUGUGUCAUAGCUGUCCCUGAUUACACACGAUCCUAGCCUCUCUUUCUCUUAACUAGUCCCUACUUUCGUUGUCUUCUCUACCUUGGACGCGCGUCACGGCUCCCAACUUCGAACCCCUUAGCCUAUCACCCAGGCUGGGCGACAGAAAGCGAGCUCAAUAUCCAGUCAUCCAUCACCUGACCUGAAACGGAGGAGACGUUUCACACGCCCUCAAAGCCCGUCGGGCAAACCUACGAUCUCUCCAACUUCGUUCGAUCCAGCUACGCAGCAACACAAGCGCCAAAAUGUACGCGACUCGAAUGUUCAAGCUGCUCCUAGUGGCAUUGGGCUUCCUCGCCGUCGCCCAAGCCAACUCCCGUCACGCUGUCCGCUACGACAAGUACGGUCUGCAAGAGCGUCAGGACAGCAGCGGCAACACGGACGACGACACUUCUCUUCCCACACCCGGCAGCGGCGAUGGUAGCUCGGACAGUGGCGGCGACAGCACGCCCACCAGCUCACCUGCUGCAGAGACCACCACGAGUGAAGGAACCCCUGAAACUACAAACACGACAAAAGAAGAAGAUACCACCACCACUUCAGAGAAUGUAGCCACAACGACCACAACCACCCAGGAGGAAACGCCCGAGAAAACCACCUCAUCUCAGGACGAAAGCACGUCCGAGGCCAAACCCACCACAACCUCGGAGGAUACCCCUGCCUCUACAACCACGAAAGAUGCGGAGCCUACCUCUACUGCCGAGAGCACCAAAGACAAUGGGAAAGACAAGACCACAACCACCGAAGAACCCGUCGUCUCCACCGCCAUCGAGACCGUGACCCGCACCAACUCCGACGGCUCCAAGGAGACCCUGACGUCCUCCACCAUCACCACCAGCACGCCCGACCCGCGCAGCGGCGAGGACAAGAGCACUGGCAGCGGCAUGUCCACCAACACCCGCAACAUUGUCAUUGGUGUCGUCGUCGGCGUCGGCGGCGCCAUCCUCCUCGGCGCCCUGGGCGUCGUCGCAUGGCGCAUCCGCGCCCGCAAAAGGGCGGCCGAGGAAGACGCCGGCCUCAUGGGCGAGUACAAUGGCGGCUACACCCAGGUCGACAAGGGCGAACCCCCCAGCACCUCGGGCGGCCACACGGCGUCGGGCACGAUGACUAGCACAGGGCAGAGUCCGUUCCAGAGUACGCUGGAGGGGUACCACGCGCCCACGCAGCCGGUGAACGCGUCGUCCAACUUUUAAAAAGUGGUGGGCAUGCGGGCGUGGAAGGAGGGAAGGAUGAUGAGUGCAAAGCCUCCGGUUUUUUUUUUAUUUAUGUUGUUUUACCCGUACGAUUUCUGAUCUGGAGAUGAAGAAUUUGCCAGAAUUGCAUAGCGAUGCUUUGUACGUGGGUUUUGUCCAUGGUAUCAGAUUAGACAUUUACUUUAAUAUCAGCAUAUUUGAAGCUCA